AUGAUAGACGAGGAUGACGACGACUGUGAAGAAUCCCGAUCCGCUGCCCGCAGACCACUGUGGUGGAGACUCUUUUUCCCUGAAGAUCGCAGGUAUAGAAUAUUGAUGCCAGUAAUCUGGACCCUCUGCGUGUCACUUUUGCUGCUGGUCGUCUUGACUCCGACCAUCAAGCCCUCUAAUGGGAUACAGGGAGACGAAUUUGAUGUUGCGGAGAUGAUUUUUGAAGGUGGCAAUGGAAAUAGCUUUGCAAAGCGCGCUGAUCCCAGAAAGAAAGUCAAAUCACCAAAUGUGGAUCCUUUUACCAAUGACCAAUCCCCUCCAAAGGCAGCCUCGGCUGAUGUCUUAAAACCUCAAGGCUCAAAUUCAUCCUUGUCAUCAAAUAAUGACAACGCAACGACUGGUGGAGUUGAAUUCUUGAUCAUUCCAUACGAUUCAUCCCCAACAGAAGCAUCGAACGGAACCAUUGCUCCCAGCGCAAAGCCAACCCUGGAUCCAACAAGUGCACCCAUAACGCUUAGACCAACGCCACAGCCUUCACCCAGACCAUCCCCCAGGCCAUCCCCGCGUCCGUCUCCUCGGCCGUCUCCCAGGCCAUCUUCACAACCAACCGGUGAUCCCACAUCAAAACCUACGCCCAAACCCACUCCUUUGACAUGGGGCUGGGUCCCUCCGAAGGGGGGGGCUACGCCUAAACCAACAAAUCCAAUACCACCCCCUCCUCGUCCCACCUUUCGCCCAACGGCUAGGCCUUCACCGCGGCCAACCCCUCGAUUGCCAUCGCCAAGGCCAACUCCCAGACCAUCGCCAAGGCCAACCCCUCGGCCAUCACCAAGACCCUCACCAAGACCAACUCCUAGAGAGCCAUCGCCAAGACCAUCUCCUAGGCCUUCACCUCGACCAACUCCAAGACCCUCACCACGACCUACUGCACCGAUUGAUAUCAUCACCUUUGUGCCGGGCCUGUUGACAGUCCGCCAAAACGGUCUUCUCUUGUCUGCUGGUCUCACGUCCCGGAUCAUUGCGACGAAGGGGGGGAGAGUGCAGUAUGACAGACCUGUCUAUGGUGCAGAGUCCGACAUUGAUUUCCACAGUGAGCCAGAUGGCGGUGCCACUUUUGAAGACCCAAGAGCCAAUAACCCAGGUGGAUGGAUUUACGUGAGCAAUUCAGAAGAGGGUGGGAGUGUAGGUGGUGUGGGUGCCAUCACCUUUGAUCGGGAUGGAAACGUCCUUAAAUACGAAAUGAUCCUCACAGCAACAAGCGACAACUGUGGUGGUGGUGUGACCCCUUGGAAUACUUGGAUCAGUUGCGAGGAGCACAGUGGUGGCAAGAAUUUUCAAGUAGAUCCAACGGGACGUCGUGCUCCCCGUUCCAUCACCCUUGGCAGUGAAGGUGGAUAUUGGGAGUCCUUUGCUUAUGACAUUCGGAAUCGACAAAGACCUAGGUUCUUUGUGACCGAGGAUGACGACAAUGGAGCCCUUCAACGCUUUACUCCGUACCGCUCUCAGAUCAACUGGAAUCAGCCAUGGAACAUGCUUCAUGGUACGGGGAUUACAGAAUAUCUCUAUUUGCACCCAGAGCGGGGUUCAAACCAAGCUAGAGGAGUGCUUUCUUGGGGCAGUAACCGAGAGGCUGCAAGGCACAAUGCGGGUCUCUAUUACCCAAAUUCCGAGGGCAUUGAUGUUGAUCAUGACAAUGGCAUUCUCUACUUUGUCAGCAAAAAACUUGAGGCGUUGUUUGAACUGAACCUAGAUGCGAUGCACUACACACGCCAAUCAACACGGUCAGGGCUUUUUAAUGGUCAGCCCGAUCAGUUACGGAGGCUCAUCACAGAUGCAGGUCAAGAGUACCUUUUCUUCACAGAAGAUGGCGGUGAUGUGGCCGGCAUCCAUGGCAGGGAUGAAUCAGGUCUAUACUUCACUGUGGUUGAGAGUGACGAAUACGAAGACGAAACCACUGGCUUGGCUUUCUCCCCGAACGGACUCCACAUGUAUGUGGCAUACCAGGACAAUGGCAUUCUGUUUGACAUUACUCGGACGGACGGACAAACCUUUCAUGCCAGGUCCUUGGACGUGCGCUAUCAUGCGACGGGUGAUAGGAAAUCUCGUGCACGUCGCUAG